AUGACCGCCCGCGCGACCUUCACAUCCGCGGCCAAGAAGUGCAGCCCAGAGGUUCCCGUCGUCAGUUACCACCAGGGUGAGCGGGUCGAGAGCGCCAUCCCAUACGACAACAAGGCCGGCCCGGUCAACCCAGAGGGUGCCGACGAGGUCAAAAUUGCAAUUCCUCUCAAGCCUGAGGUCUACAGCCAGCUCACUCCCACCUUGAACAAAUUCACCCUCCCCGGCAAGGUCGCCGUUGUCACUGGUGCUGGCCGUGGUCUCGGAUUCAACAUGGCUCAGGCCCUCGCGGAAGUCGGUGUCCGUGGUAUCGCCAUCAUGGAUGUACAGCAAGAGUUGGGUGACAAGGCAGCUCGUGAGCUCAGCGAACAGACCGGAAUUGACGUGCGAUUCUACCGCGUUGACGUCCGUGACGGUGGCGCUAUGGGCCAGACCGUCCAGGACGUCGUUGACCACUACGGUCAGCUCGACAUCCUGAUCAACGCCGCUGGUAUUGCUGACUCUAACAUGAAGGCCGAGACCUACGACCACGAGAAGUUCCGCCGUCUAUUGGACAUCAACAUCACCGGUUCCUUCUUCACCGCUCAGGCUUGCGCGCAGCAGAUGAUCAAGCUCGGCAAAGGAGGUAGCAUCAUCAAUAUCGCUUCCAUGUCCGGAACCAUUGUCAACUACCCGCAAGAGCAGUCAUGCUACAACGCCUCCAAGGCUGCCGUCAUCCAGCUGACCCGCUCGCUCGCUGCCGAGUGGGCCCGCCACAACAUCCGUGUCAACUCCAUCAGCCCCGGUUACAUGGACACUGCGCUCAACCGUGUUCCCGCUCUAGAGGCACAGAAGCGCAUCUGGGUUGACCACACUCCUCAGAAGCGUCUUGGUGCCGUCGAUGACCUUAACAACCUGGCCGUCUACCUCGCCAGUGACGGUUCCUCCUUCAUGACUGGCAACAACUGCAUCAUCGAUGGUGGAUACACUCUCUGGUAA